AUGGCGUACUCUCAGAGAUGUUCGCUCCCCACGCCGUUAACCCCGUCCAUGCCGCUGUCCGGUUCGAUCACGGAACAGAUCGAGUCCUUGCCCAUAACACCACCCGAGAUCUCCGAGCCAUUCUACGACCACAACUUUGUUGCCGACAGCAAAACCAUCAAGAAGGCUCUCCACGUCCUGGCGACCGAGAGACUCGCAUUGUCCCAUCUCGAAGACCUGUAUAGCAACUCCGCCGAACUGCAGGCUUUUCUGCUCCAAGCCAUCCGUCAGAUCAUCCAGUCCGAGACCCGUCACGGCAAGACCAUCUUCACGGGGGUGGGCAAGUCGGGCCACAUCGCGAAGAAACUCGUCGCUACUUUUGUGUCCCUGGGCAUCCACGCCGUCUUCUUGCACCCGAUUGAAGCCCUCCACGGGGACCUGGGCGUCGUCCGACCUAACGACACGGUCAUCAUGGUGACUUUCUCCGGCAAGACUCCCGAACUCCUGUCUCUCAUUCCUCACAUCGACCCUUCGAUCCCCCUGAUCGUCAUGUCCGGCCACCUUUCCGAACAGAGCUGCGUGAUCCUCCGCCACCCCACGCGCGCAAACUCCAGAAACAUCCUGAUCCCGACCGUGAUCCACGAAUCCGAAACGGCGUCGUUUGGCGUGUCGGCGCCCACGACGUCUACGACCAUUACGCUCGCCAUCGGAGACAGUCUCGCCCUCGCCGUCGCCGACGACCUCCACUCUGCAGCCGGCCUGCAGACACCUGCCAUCUUCGCCGCAAACCACCCCGGCGGUGCCAUCGGCCAACAAGCCGGCGCGCACAUGAGCAAGCCGGGCCACCAACAUACCAGCACCGCUACGACUGCCGCCGCCGCCGCCGCCGCCGCCGCCGUUGCUGGUGGUGUUGGUGUUGGUGCUGGCACUUCCGACCCCAUGGCCAUCGCGCAACUUGGACCCGCGCUCGAUCCCGAACCGCGCAUGUCCGACAUCGCAACGAUCGUCUCGCACAUCCCCAUCGCGACGCCACGUCCAGGAUACAAGGACCUAAUGUGCUUCGACGUGCUCCUGGCCGCCGUGCGCUCACCGAAAGGGUUCGUGAGGACGUCGCCGCACCACAUGAUCGGCCCGCGCCGCAUCCAGAACCUCCCGAGCACCGAAGUGGGCGUCGCUGAUCUGACGGACGCCUUCGGCGGCGUCGUGAUCGAGAAGACGGACUGGAUCUCCGUGCUGGGCUCGACGACCGUCGACGAGUGUCGACGGUGGAUUCACCAGAUGCGCAACGAGGGAUGCGGAAGGGGCAGAGAGUUCCUGCGCAGGGGCACCCUGUUGGGCAUCGUCGACGGGAAUAACGAAGUCACGGGGAUUGUGGAAAUAGAAGAAAUGAUGGGCGAGGAGUUUUGA